AUGGUCAAGAGAGAACAGGCAGACCGAGAGUGAGUGACGGUGUCGUGGCUGAACAGAUGGACAUGGAGUCGGCCGUGGCCCUGUGACAGGGUAACGGAGGUUGCUGGUUUGGUUCAGGCUGGCCAGACAGAGUAGCCUGGGCGUCACCGCGUCAUGCUUUGCCACGUGGGUAACAUACCCCUUACCCCCCUGCUCCUCUCGUUACAGGAGACAGCAGCAGCAGAGACCACCGGGGGGAGGAGGAGGAGACCGGAAGACUCAGAAUCUUCAGCAGCAGCAGUCUCCACAACAAAAACCUCCAUCUAAUCAACAACAACAACCAGUCAAUCAACAGCAGAAUGACCAGCAGCAGCCCGGGCCAGGGGGCAACGCCAGACACCCUCGUGACCAGCAGCAGCAGGGAGGACAGUGUGGGGGUAGCCAUGGGCAGCAGUUCCAGGGCCACGAUGGGCAGCACCAGGGGCCCCCCCACCAUGGCUACAGCCAGAACCGCCGCUGGCACCACAACCAGCAGGGGCAGGGAGGAGGACAGGGACUGCGGGUGCAGGGUGGCCCGGCAGGGGACAGAGAUAGGGGGGCAACCCCAACGGGAGACGGAGACAAGGGGGCACCACCGAGAAAAACCAAAGAGACUGAGAAUGUAAAGGCAGCGGAGGCCAUCACCAGGCUGGAGCCAGAGAGCUCCAGGGGCCCCAAUGAGGGGCCUCCCAGCCAGCCUGGGGGCCAGGGUGGCCCUAAAGUCAGUCUUCUGCCGUCGUCCAAGGAGAGGCUGAGGAGGAGGCUAAAAGACAAGGUAAACUAAAGCUGUUUUACUGUCUUAUCUGUCUGUCAAUCACCAUCAGGCUUAAACAUGCCAAGGCCACACCUUCCCCUUUCUACACACACCCACACACACACACACACACACACACACACACACACACACGCAUGCACAUUACACCACAUGCGCAUUGCAUACACACACAUAAACACACAGUAACUAAUGCACCUUUUUAGAUGCAUACAAAGUCAUUCACACACACACAGGUUUCUCAGUAAGGGUUCCGUCUGGGUUAACAGCGGUGGCUUGUCUGUAGAUUUUGCUGUAGUGGGUAAACUUCUCUCUCGUUGGGAGGAGGAUAAGUAGCUGGCGCCACAGCCUUUGAUGUUUUCCGCUGUGUGCUAGGCUUUUGUAUUGCUGGUCUCAGCUCCCACGACCCCACAACCAGCCCAGCCUCAGCCAAGGACUACUUCCUUCUCCCUCCAUCUAAGGUUGUGUCCCAAAUGGCACCCUAUUCCCUAUAUAGUGCACUACUUUUGACCAGAGCCCCUAUGGACCCUGUUCAAAAGUAGUGAACUAUAUAGGGAAUAGGGUGCCAUUUGGGACGUACCCUAACUCAUUUCUAACGCUGUGUGUUUGUUUAGUUUGCAAGUAUCCCUUACAGCCUCCGACAACAAGACUGGGAUUAACUGACAGCUUCAAACACGCCGAUCUGGAGGGAAAACACAGGCUGUGUCUGAUGGCACCCUAUUCCCUAUAUAGGGCACUACUUUUGACCACGGCCCAUAGGGGUCUAGUCAAAAGUAGUGCACUAUAUAGGGGAAUAUUGUGCCAUUUGGGACGCAGACACAGAGAGGAAUUUUGCUAAAUGGGAGGAAACAUGGGAUAUUAUCCUCAGCCAGGUCUCUGUCUGCGUUUGAGUCCAGGGUUGUAUUCAUUAAGGCAUACCGUUUGAAAUGGAAAACUAAAACUGCAUUUCUAAUUGGAUAAAUCCAUGUAAUACCUGUUUCGGUCCACUUUCUUCCGUUCUGUGCCUAGUGAAUAAGGCUAGCUCUAUGUGCUGUGUUGUAUGGUGAGAAUACCCUGACCCGCCCUGUGGUCUAACUUUUAUAUGGGGUUAAGGCAGCACAUUGAUUAUGUCAUAUCCUAUUGAUCUAUUGUCAAACCAUAUUUCCUCUCUCAGGAGCUUUUUUACUCCCUGGGUCGUUCCACCUCAAAAAGCACAGGAAAGAGGAUUUCGACACCCACCAUCUCAGAUUGUGCUGAAAUCAUUUCUGUAGUUAAAAACAGACAAAAUUAGCAUUCCUGAAACAGUAUUUUGUUUAAAUAUAAUUAGAUCUCUGAAAAAUUAAGCUAAUUGAUUGCAUCCAAAUUUUACAUUUUUAUUUAUAUUAUUCAAAUAAUAUUCAAUAAAUAUAAUACCGAACAUCCGAUUGGGACCAUAAUUCUUCCUAACAAUGAGUAAGACAUGAGAAAUCCAAUAAAAUGAUCAAAAGCCACCAACGGACCACCCAUGCCAAUCAAAUCACAUUUUAUUUGUCACAUGUGCUGAAUACAACAGGUGUAGAGCACGGCGCUUGUAACGCCAAGGUAGUGGGUUCGAUCCCCGGGACCACCCAUACACACAAAAAAUGUAUGCACGCAUGACUGUAAGUCGCUUUGGAUAAAAGCGUCUGCUAAAUGGCAUAUUAUUAUUAUUAUUAUUAUUACAGUGAAAUGCUUACUUACAAGCCCUUAACCAACAAUGCAGUUUUAAGAAAGAAUACCAAAACAAAUCACAAAAAUAAAUAAAAGUAACAAAUAAUUAAAGAGCAGCAGUAAAAAUAACAAUAGCAAGGCUAUAUACAGGGGGUACCAGUGCUGAAUCAAUGUGCGGGGGCACCGGUUAGUCGAGGUAAUUGAGGUAAUAUGUUCAUGUAGGUAGAGUUAUUAAAGUGACUAUGCAUAGAUAAUAAACAGUUUGUUAGUUUGUUGGUGAUGUGGACACCAAGGAACUUGAAGCUCUCAACCUGCUCCACUACAGCCCCGUCGAUGAGAAUGGGGGCGUGAUCGGUCCUCUUCUUUUUCCCUGUAGUCCACAAUCAUCUCCUUUGUCUUGAUCAGGUUGAGGGGGAGAUUGUUGUCCUGGCACCACACGGCCAGGUCUCUGACCUCCUCCCUAUAGGCUGUCUCGUCGUUGUUGGUGAUCAGGCCUACCACUGUCGUGUCAUCGGCAAACUUAAUGAUGGUGUUGGAGUCGUGCCUGGCCAUGCAGUUAUGAGUGAACAGGGAGUACAGGAGGGGACUGAGCACGCACCCCGACAACCAGUAUACAGUAUCUGUUCUCUGUCUGACGUAGUAUGGAGCUGCGGCUUAGAGUAUUGGUUCUUCAUCCUUUGUAAUGUGUUCCCUGGGAAUCUGGUGGUGUUUUUUUUGUUUUGUUUUUCUGAGAAAUUAACCAUUGAAGUUGCUUGCAUUAUUUACCAUAAAUUAGUGUAAAAGUACCAGGUUUUUCCCACUAGAAGCCGCUGUUCCUGCUAUUGCCACACCCUUUUAUCAAUUUUGCUGGUCUCUUGUGUUUAUUAUGUGGAUCACAACAUUUUCUUUGCAACUUUGGGUAGAAAACCAAUAGCUUUAUAUCAUGAUAAUAUAAAUUGUGUGGUCAUCCUCACAAUUCAAGUCAGUCCUCCAUGAAAGCAAUUCAGUUUGUCAUUCUCUUAGGCUUAAUCUGUGUCCAGGAAACGGCCCCUCUGUGGUUUAUUCCCUUCAAAGAAGGUCUUGAUUAGUUAGACCAGGGAUGGAUAACUGCCGCAUGCGGCCCUCAGCCCCCCUUUUGUAGGCCCGCGGAUCAAUUUCUAAAAACGUGGCCCCAUCCCCCAAAAAAUAAGAAUUGUUUAGGAACUCUGUCGGGGUCUCAACUGUUGAGAGUUAGAAUAGUAGAAUACACAAGGUGCAAUUUAGAAAUGUGGUUGUGCAUCAGCAGUUUUUCACUCAAUUAGCCAUGUCAGCUAACAAUUUUUUGAUUGGCAAGUUAGUCUAGCCAGCUAUCUAAACUUGUAGUAAUCUUGACCGAAUAUCGACCGGGCACGCAGGGCACGUACAGGGGCCCUGACCUCCAGAUCACUCUCACUCAGAUAUCAUAUUAACAUGGCAUUAGUCAUGGCAAAAUCUGUAGAAUUUCGGGAAAUUAGCUUUAAAACUGCAAAAAUGAAUCUCCACUCCAUGGUAAAAUGGGUAGAAUUGCAUGAAAUAUACUUUAAAACAAAAAAUGUUCUCUCUGGCGUCAAGACAGGGGCCCCCAAAAGGCUAGGGCCUGCACUGGCUACUGGUAUAAUGCAUUUAGUGAAGUAGUUUAACUGCACAAAUGGAUUGUUUGCACAAAUCAGUUGACUGCAUGUGUGGGUAUGGAUGUGGGUACGCAGACCCCCGAGCCACUGCGGCCCCUCAUGAUGAGUUCAGAUAUUUUGUGGCCCCCACCCCCAUCAAAGUUGCCCAUCUCUUAGAGAGACCAUUCCUGGUGAACAAGCAAACCAUUAGGCUACAACAGUUCUAGUCGUUUCAAUGGUAAAAGUCCCAAACGCACACUGUAUAGUGUUUUGCAAUGGUGUUGGGUAGUCCUGAGCAUGCCUCAGGACUACCUGGCCUGAUGACUCCUUGCUGUCCCCAGUCCACCUGGUCGUGUUGCUGCUCCAGUUCCCACUCUUCUGCCUGCGGCUAUGGAACCCUGACAUGUUCACCUGCUGUUUUCAACUCUCUCUCUCUACUGCACCUGCUAUUUCAACCUCUAAAUGCCCGGCUAUAAGAGCCAAGUGACAUUUACUCCUGAUGUACUGACCUGUUGCAACCUCUACAACCACUGUGAUUAUUAUUUGACCCUGCUGGUCAUCUAUGAACGUUUGAACAUCUUGGAGAAAAAUCUGGCCUUAAUGGCCAUGUACUGUUAUAAUCUCCACCCGGCACAGCCAGAUGGGCACUGGCCACCCCUCAGAGCCUGGUUCUUCCUAGGUUUCUGCCUUUCUAGGUUUUCCUUGCCUUCUACAUCUGCAUUGCUUGCUGUUUGUGGUUUUAGUUUGGGUUUCUGUAUAGCACUUUGUGACAUCUGCUGAUGCAAAAAUUGGCUUUAUAAAUACAUUUGAUUGAUUGAUUGGUAAAUGUCAAUAGUCACACUACAUACAGUAUAGAGCUUUUUUGUAAUCAUUUUAUUUGAAAAACAUAUGACUGCCAUGCAAUGAUUUAUAAUUGUAUUAAUUUAUUUCUACUCUACAUCAAAGUUUUGGGCUUGUAGGAAAGGUCUUCAUAUGAGAAUUGCACCAUACAGAUAGCCCUCUCAGAGAGCUGCCAUUUGUUGGACUAUUCAAAUCGAAUCAAAUUUAAUUUGUCACAUGCGCCAAAUACAACAGGUUUAGACCUUACCGUGAAAUGCUUACUUAUGAGCCCUUAACCAACAAUGCAGUUCAAGAAAUAGAAAAUAUUUACCAAAUAAACUAAAGUUUAAAAAAGUAUAAAAAGUAACACAAUAAAAUAACAAUAACGAGGCUAUAUACAGGGGGUACAGGUUAGUCGAGGUAAUUUGUACAUGUAGGUAGGGGUAAAGUGACUAUGCAUAGAUACUGCACGUAGUCCCGUGUAGCUCAGUUGGUAGAGCAUGGCGCUUGCAACGCCAGGGUUGUGGAUUCGAUUCCCACGGGGGACCAGUAUGAAAAAAUUUAUGCACUCACUAACUGUAAGUCGCUACUGGAUAAGAACGUCUGCUAAAUGACUAAAAUGUAAAAUAAUAAAGUGUGAGUAGCAGCAGUGUAAAAACAAAGGGGGGGGCAUUUGAUUAAUUGUUCAACAGUCUUAUGACUUGGGAGUAGAAGCGGUUAAGGAGCCUUUUGGUCUAUGAGUUAGAGAGGAAUGUUAAUCAGCGUUAGAUUGAAGCAUUAGGUUGCUAAGAGAACUACAAACUGAAUUGCUUUCAUGGAGGAUUGGCUUGACUUGAUUUAUGUUAAUCAUGAGCAAAAGCUAUUGGUUUUCAACCGAAGUUGCAAAGAAAAUGUGAUCCAUUUAAUAACCAGAAGAGACCAGCUAAAUUGAUGGUUUGGGAUUAGUCGGACCGCAUAGUGAAGGAAACGCAGCCAACAAGUGUUCAGCAUAUGUGGGAACUCCUUCAAGACUGUUGGGAAAGCAUUCCAGGUGAAGCUGGUUGAGAGAAUGCCGGGAGGGUGCAGGGCUGUCAUCGGGGCAGGGGGUGGCUGUUUGAAGAGUCUCAAGUAUAGAAUAUAUUUUGAUUUUGUUUGGCACUUUUUUUGGUUACUACAUGAUUAGUGUAAGGAAGACCGACACAUUUGCAUUUAAAUGAAAAGAGGAAUGCCUUUCAUGCUUUUCUCAUGGGGCGGACAGGGAAGAACAGACUGUACAGAUACAGGGAGCUUUGUUGGAGUGGUGGACGUUUGCAGGGACAGUGAUGCUAACCAAGAAAGCCCACUUUCUGUCUCUAUUUCAUAGUUUUGAUGUCUUCACUAUUAUGUGGUCCUCUGUAGCUCAAUUGGUAGAGCAUGGCGCUUGUAACGCCAGGGUAGUGGGUUCGAUCCCCGGGACCACCCAUACGUAAAAAUGUAUGCUAAAUGGCAUAUUGUAUUAUAAAAGGGUGUGGCAGUAGCUGGAACAGCAGCAUCUAUUGGACAAAACCUGGUACUUUCACACUAAUUUAUGGUGAAUUAUGCAAGUGACUUAAAUUGCACAUUUCUCUGAACAGGGGGAAAAAAACAUACAUUACAUACAGUGCCUUCACAAAGUAUUCAUACCCCUUGACUUAUUCCACAUUUUGUUGUUACAGCCUGAAUUCAAAAUGGAUUAAAUAUAUUUUUUUCUCUCACCCAUCUACACACAAUACCCCAUAAUGGCAAAGUAAAAACAUGUUUUUAGACAUUUUUGCACAUUUAUUGAAAUACAUAAAUAUCUCAUUUACAUAAGUAUUCAUACCCCUGAGUCAAUACAUGUUAGAAUCAUCUUUGUCAGUGAUUACAGCUGUGAAUAUUUCUGGGUAAGUCUCUAAAAGCUUUGCACAUCUGGACAAUAUUUGCACAAAAUUCUUCAAGCACCGUCAAGUUGGUGGUUGAUCAUUGUUAGAAAGCAAUUUCCAAGUCUUGCCAUAGAUUUUCAAGCUAUUUAAGUCAAAACUGUGACUAGGCCACUCAGGAACAUUCAAUGUCGUCUUUUAAGCAACUCCAGUGUAUAUUUGGCCUUUGGUUUUAGGUUAUUGUCCUGCUGAAAGGUGAAUUUGUCUCUGGUGGAAAGCAGACUGAACCAGGUUUUCCUCUAGGAGUUUGCCUGUGCUUACCUCUAUUCCAAUUAUUUUUAUCCUAAAAAACGACCUAGUACUUGCUGAUAACAUGAUGCAGCCACCACUAUGCUUGAAAAUAUGAAGAGUGGUACUCAGUGAUGUGUUGUGUUGAAUUUGCCCCAAACAUAACACUUUGUAUUCAGGACAUAAAGUUAAUUUCUUAGCCAAAUUCUUAGCAGUUUUGCUUUAGUUCCUUAUUGCAAACAUGAUGCAUGUUUUGGAAUAUUUUUAUUCUGUACAGGCUGAGCAAGGAAGGACGUCUGUAUCUUUGUAGUGACUGGGUGUAUUGAUAACGUGUAAUUCAUAACUUCACCACGCUCAAAGGGCUAUUCAGUGUCUGCUUUUUUUUAUUUUGACCCAUUUACCAAAAUCCAGGCUGUAACACAACAAAAUGUAGAAAAAGUCAUGGGGUGUGUGAAUACUUUCUGAAGGCGCUGCAGGAUGGAGAACCAAUACUCCGAGCUGCAGCUCCAUACUACUUGUCAGACAUAGAGAACUGAUACUGUAUACUGGUUGUUGGGGUGGGGUGUGGGGGGUCCGUGGGUGGGUUUUGAACAUUUUAUUGGAUUUUAUGUCUUACUAAAUGGUAGGAAGAAGUUUGGUCCAAAUCGGAUGUUGAGUGCUAUAUGUAUUGAAUAUGUGAAUCCUAUAAAUUAACAAAAUGUUGCAAGAAAGCUAAUCUUAUCUGUUUCUAACUACAAAAACGAUUUCAGAACAAGUGUCACGGCUUGCUGAAAUGACAUGGAACAACUCCCCUGUGUAAGCUGUUUGGUUAAACAUCUAUUUGGUAAAGAAAGCCAGCAUGUUGUCAGCUUGAAUACAGUCAGUGCAGUAAGGGCACCGAGGUACAGUAUAAAGACCACAUGCUUUCUAUAGUACAGUAGUCGGUAACACUAUUCUUUGUUUAACAUGCAGUUGACAAUGACAUGUCGUUGAUAGUCUGUUGAUAGUUUGUUGAGCGUCUAUAGGUGGACUAUCCAAAUAAAGUGUUACCCACUACAUACGUAAGUCGUUCUUUAACCACCGUCCUUCAUCAUGUGUCUUCCAGGAAGAGGCGAUCGUGUCCCCAGUGGGCCCCCAGCGGAGCCGUAUGGACCGCUUGCUGGAGAUCCUGAACAGCAUGAGGAACAACAGUGCCGGGGUGGACGGCCAGCUCAGCUCCUUCAUGGAGGAGGCCCAGACCUCGGCCCAGUCAGAAGAGAGCCUGGCCCAGAUCGUCUCUACUAUCUAUGGCAAGGCCCUCAGCGACAGGAGCUUCGCCGCUACUGCUGCCAGACUCUGUGACAAGAUGGCCCUGUUCAUGGUGGAGGGGACCAAGUUUAGAUCAUUGCUACUCAAUACGUUACAGGUGAGAUGGAGGGAGGGAGGGGGGGUUAGGAGGGCGGGAUGAGGGGAGGUUGGUGGAGAGUGACGUCAUAGGGGUUGUGUGUGUGGGUACGUACAUGUUUUUCUGUCCACCCGUCCGUCUGUCUUUCAGCGUGUGUGUGUGUGGGGUGUCUGUCAGACAGUGAGUGUGUGUGAGUCGUGUCUAUCUCAGUGGGUGUGGAUGGUCCUAAUUGGUGUCAUUGGCCCUGUAGGCUGUGUGUGACGUGGGGAAAAUGUCAGUGGGCACAGAGCUAAUGAACAGCCUGGGAGGCCAUAGCCUGUGGGGGGGGGACGUCUGCCUAGCCUCACCCCAGAUAAUGUUUCUCCCCACCCACGUCUGCCCUGCCCACACUACGGCUCAGUGCCUCCCUGGGUGUCACGACUUCCCUCCCUCCUUUGGGAGCCAGACAGACGCUCCAUUGCAGACACAGUCUGGGCGCUAA